GUGAUGAAAACUGAUAGCAGACGAGAAUUUACCGCCUCAUUCAUGUCUGUCAUGUCUGAUCAGGCAAGCGAGAGAGGGCCCUGCGAGCCAGUCAAUUCAUUACAAAAAGAAGAAAUGGACAAUUUUAUGUUCCAGCAUCGCGAACUGGCUCGUGGGGCCUCUGGCCUCUCGCCUAACCUGACCAGAGCUGACAAGGCAAGGUUGUGGGCCGAGUUGACCAGCCGCCUGAACCACAUCGGGCCGCCGCGCAACACAGAGCGGUGGAAGAGGGUUUGGCUGAACCGCGUCUGCAAAGCCCGCAAGCGGUGCGCAGUCGUCGAGGCUGAGCGCCGCAAAACGGGGAGAGGCACCUCCCAGGUGCGGCUCUCAUCGACCUACUCCCGUAUCCUGUGCAUUGUCGGGGUAGACUCUGCCCUGGGCGCCCCCGGGUUUCGUGUACCCCACUUUCCGGAGGAGGAGGUGCAGCCUGUGGGCGCCCCGGCAGAGGAGCACCCAGCUUCACAGGAUGCGGGGGACGUGCUCAAGGAGGAGGAGGACGCGGAUCACGAGGCAUCUACCUCAACCCAAAUGCCACAGCCUCGAGCACGGCAAGCCACGGUUCGACGAAGGCUGCCUCGUCGAGUCCCUCGAGCCUCUCGACAGGAGAGGCGGGACGAGGCGGACUUUUCGGCCGUGGCUAACCAGCAGCGCCUGCUCGACGCCAACGUAGGCCGCGACUCAAAGGACGAAAGGUUCCAGGGACAGAUCACGCUCGGCAUGGGGCAGCUCCUGGAGCGGCUGGCACAGAACGUGGGGCAGCUGGCGCAGAACGUGGGGCGGCUGGCGCAGAAUGUGGUGCAGCAGACGCAGAGCAUGGACCGGAUCGCAGAGAACAUCCAGGAGGGGGUCCUCUCCAUGCAGCAAAACGCUGCCUUCAUGCGAGAGGUUAUCCUCCAGCUAUCCGGCCACGCUCUGCGUCAGCCUCAACCCCAGGCCCAGCCUCAACCCCAGCCCCAGCCCCAGGCCCAGCCCCAGCCCCAGCUCCAGGCCGAGUCCCAGGCCGAGCACCUGGCCCAACCUCCGGGGGAAGAUGACAACAACUAAUUGUUCACUACUGUACAGUCUUUUUGUAACAUCCAAGGGGAUUUUUUUUUAUUUUGUAUAUAUUAAUUUAAUGACAAUGCCCCCAGCGGCUGCAAUAAAAUCUUCCAAACCUGGCAAGCCUCUAAGCCUCAGCA